GCUUUUGUCAUUAUGCUUUCUACGCCCUCAAUCCCCAUUACUUUAAGUGCAUCUUCAUCACGGUCAACAAGAGUGAUUGGACAGCUGAAUGAGACUUGGGAAAAAAUUCAGAAAGAAGUAGCCACAGCAAAGUCACAGUACGAGGCAUUGUGUGCAGCUAAGCAGCAAAACGAAAAUGAUGCUAUAGCCUUUGCAGAAUCAAACACAGUCUAUAGAGCGAAUAUUCAGCAAUUGAUGCAAGUAUUGGAGUCAAAGCAACAGGUGCUCGAUAACACAAAAGAGUCUUCUCAGGAGCUGGAAGCUGAGGUGAAACGGCUGAAGGAUGAAGCGAUGGCAUCACGUCGACAAUUGGAGGAUUUACGCAAGAAAGAGCAAGUAUUGGAGCAGGACCGCGACAGGGCGGUUGCAGCCAAAGAACAAGUACAGCGACAGUACGAUGUUCUUCGAGAAUCAUUGGUGGGACUGGAUUCAAAAUGUGAACGCCAGGUCGCUGGAUUGAAGCAUAGUCUCGGAAGUGUUCACCUUCAGAUGAAGCAAAUGAUGGAAGAUACCCAUGUGGCAACUGAAUGGCUUGAGAAUGAAAUCCAAAACCAUGCAGCCGAGCGAGCGCAUUCAGCCCAGGUCCUUGAAGAAGUUCACUCGAAAAUGAAUGAGGCUGAUAAGGUGUAUGUAGACGAAAUACAACAAGAGUUACAACAGCUGCUGGACAACCUGACUCUUCAUUCUUCGCAUAAUGAGGAUUGGAAACAAGCAGUGGAGCAAUGCCGUGGACAAGUAAGCGGACUUGUGCACCGUAUCCGGGAAUACAGUGCGGAAGAGACACAACAAAAAUCACAUAUCGCGACGCAAGUUUCUUAAUUAAUAAUUUGCGAUUUAAUAUUUUAUUUUUAUUUUUAUUUUUAUUAUAUUAUAUUAUUUAUAUUUAAAAAUAAAAUAAAAUAAAAUAAAAUAAAAGCCAAAGAAAGGUG